AUGCCUGAGGCUGGGGUGAGCAAGUGGGUGGUGAUCCCGUGCCCGGAGGAGGGCGGCGUGCCCGCCAGCACAGCCCAGUCUGAGGUCCUGGAGAUCGCGCGCGUGGUGUGCGAGUUCUCACAGCUGGCGGGGCUCAACCAGUCGCUGGCCGCAGACUCGGGCGCAUCGGUGAGUGUCCCCCGCUCCCCGACGGGCGCCGGCUGCGAUUAUCGAAGACGUCGACCUGACGGCCAGUUCGCAAUCUCUGAGGCCGUGUAUGGUCGCGAGAACCGCUGUGUGGAUCUGCAGGCGAAUGUUUUUACAGCUGGGAUCGAGUUGGGAGAUGAUGAGUGGAGGGGAGAUGGGCUGGUUGGCCUGGGUAGCUUUUGA